GAGACCACCUGAAGAUGUGUCGCGGGGCGAGCACAUGCUGCACCGAAGUCAUGGAGCGGAAGCUGAGCAUCGAGAGCCGCCAGGAGUUCGACACGAGCCUCAAAAACCUUCUGAACCCGAUGGCCAACCUCCUCGCCAAGAAAAACGCAAAAUUCGAUGAACUUUUCCGGAAACUCCUGAACUACAGCCGGAAGAAUUUUGAUGAUAUGUUCCAGAAGACUUAUGGAAUCCUGUACAAGCAGAAUGCGUUUGUUUUUACUGGACUCUAUGACAAUUUGGAGAAUUACUAUAAUUCUGGGAAAAUAAACCUACAGGAUGCAAUGGAUGCAUUCUUCAAAGAGCUUUACCAGCGCAUGUUCACUGUCUUUAAUUCACAAUAUACAUUCAAUGCAAAGUAUUUACGAUGUGUAACACGUCAUAUGGAAGAACUUCAGCCAUUUGGUGAUGUCCCACAGAAGCUGACUACACAAAUUAAACGAAGCUUUGUUGCUCUUCGAACUUUUGUUCAGGGACUUGCCACAGGGAGAGAUGUUGUGCGAAAUGUCCUCAAGGUGAAUCCAAGUGUGAGCUGUGUCCAUGAACUCAUGAGGAUGACUCAUUGCUCAACUUGUGAUGGUCACCAGGGAGUGCGCCCUUGCCUGCCAUAUUGCAGGGAUGUGAUCAACCUCUGUCUGGCCCACCACCAGCCACUUAUUACCUACUGGAUUGCUUUUGUUGAUGCAAUGGUCGAUGUUGGUGAGAGACUAGAAAACCCAUUUAAUAUUGAAAAUGUUGUAGAACCUGUCAACUUUAAGGUGUCAGAUGCCAUAAUGAACUUCCAGGAGGCUGGCCAUGAUAUAUCCAAUAAGGUGUUUCAGGGCUGUGGAUCACCACGACUUGGACGGCGCAAAAGAGCAGCUGUGGGACGUGGAGAAUUGUCUCAGGAAUUUUUAGACUUUAGUGGAGGCAAACGGGAAGAAAAGAGAGAAAGUGAAAACUUCUCUAUUAGCCGGCAUGUUCAUGAGAUCAAGACCAAGAUCAAGAAUGCACACGACUUCUGGGAUGAAUUGCCGACCAAGAUGUGUAAAGAUGCUGUCCACCAGAGUGCUACCAGCUGCUGGACUGGCACUAAACUUGGCAAGUACGAAAUGAAGAAUAUGAAUGUCACAGAGCCAUACCAUAGCUCAGACAUGGACGAGCAAAUUAUGCGACUGAAGGUGAUAACAAGCAAGUUGAAGGAGGCUUACCAUGGUCGUAAUGUGUCAUGGAUUGAUGAUGAGUCCUGGUUAGGUAGUGGUAACAAGCAAGAUGAUGAUAACGACUCUGAAGAUGAAGGCAGUGGCAGUGGUUGGCAUUCUUCGGGUCACUAUCCCCCUGAUGAUGAAGAUGCCUAUCCUGGCUCUGGUGGUGGAUUUGAUUAUGAAAAUUAUAACAGGGAAGGAUCAGGUUUCAAGAGGACGCAUGUGACCAAUGUUGGAAACAGGCCAUCUCCAUUUGAUCCCUAUAAACCAGCUAAACCACACACACCUCCAAACCAUAACAUUCCUUCAGGUGUGCCUGACCAGCCUCCCUCUGCUGCUGCCAAAGAAACCAUGUCUCUCUCCCGUGCCAUCACCAUCUACAUGCUGCCAGCCUUCAUAAUGUUUCUUGGGUCUCUGGCCUAAGAGUGUCUCCAUUUUGUAGCUCAAACCCUGGUGAAGGUGAAACCAGGAUGAAUCAGGGAGUGGUGUGGAACAGACUAAAAGCACCAUCAGGAAUUAUUGAUGUUAUGUGCAUGUGGUCCUUGCUGUCUGUGGCUGCAGUGAUGCAGUUUGACAGUAAUGGGGACAAGGUCACCACAAGUUUCACAGUGUCACAAAGUAUGUGUAAAGAUUACUGACUAAUCACAGUGACAAGAAAAAGCCAAUUUUUAUAUCAAGACUGUUUGCUUAGUCAUGAGGCCAAGAAUAUAAGUUACAUGAUAUGAGUCAUAUCAGAAUAAGAAAUGAGUAAUAGCAAAUAUAGAAACAAUCAGACAUCUCAGUCAAGGGAGGGAAGUUACAUCCACCAACUCUCAGAGUUGUGUAAUAAAGUGGAGGAAGUGCAUAGUGAAGGUAAGAAUGCAGUUGACAUUUAUACUUCUUGAGGAUAAUGAAGAGCAUCCUCAUCCUGGUGUGCACCGAUUCACUUGAGCAUGUUUUGUGUUUUGAAAAGUUUGAAACUGAUCAUAAUAUAUACAAAACUGAAGGAUUAUAGUUCUUAUGAAUCUAUCCUUGACUGGUGUCCCUUCCAUGCAAAAAUUAUUGUGCCAUGAGUCUGGACCUAUGUUGCAUUACUCUGUUUUAUUUAUUAAUGUACAGUAGUUUAUAUUGAAGCUUUUUAAAUCUAUGAGUAAUCAUUCUGUUUAUCACUUUUACUUUAAUAAUACUGCAAAUUAGUGUAAUUUUCAUUAUAUUGAUCUGCAGCUUUAUACAAGUCCUUUUUUUGUGUAUUAUGGCCAUGAGAC